UCCUGCUGACUCCUCCCAGCGCGAACGGCCGUUCAUCGUGUUGCUAAUCACACCACUGCGGCUUCGCCUUAAAAAGUGGGAGGAUUGCUCGAGAGCGCCAGAAAGGCGCGAGGAGCUGGCCCCGUCCCGCGUGGUGCUGAAGGUGCCGCUCGCCGCAUCCGCAUCAUGUGGUCGGUCUUCUUUGUCUUCCUGUCCUAUCUGGACAGGGACGUGGUGAAAGGCGCGCUGGACGCGGAGAAGGAGGGCGAGCGGAUGAUGGUCUCCGCGCGCGGCGGCACCUUCUGCGCAAAGAUGUCCGUGGUGGGGGAGAACGUCCUCUACCAGGUGUCGGACGGGGCGGAGGUGGUGCGCUCCGUGGUCAGCCCCGCCGGGAAGCUGGUGAACUGCUCCAUCACGGCCACGCACGUCCAGGUGAAGUCCUUCGUGCAGGAGUGCAGGAUGCUGGGGAUGAGAGCGCGGCCCGACGCGCCUUUUACGCGCAUGGAAGAGGUCCGCUCCAUGUGCCGGGAGAUGACACAGAGGGCGGGGCGCGCAAAAGCAGACACCAGCGAGGACUUCGAGGAGCCGGACAAGACUCUGAGAAGAUCCAAGAGGGGCUUCACGUACCCGGGGACCCUGUGGUGCGGAGCCGGAAACAUGGCCGACAGCUACGAGCAGCUGGGACACUUCUCUGAGACCGACAGCUGCUGCCGCAUCCACGACCACUGUCCUCACGUCAUCCACGCCUUCUCCUCCAAAUACGGCCACACCAACUUCAAGUGGCACUCCAUCUGCCACUGCGACUGCGACAACGCCCUGAAGGCUUGUCUGAGGAGGGUGAACGACACGUCCUCCAGGGUGGUGGGCCAGGCCUUCUUCAAUGUCAUCGGCGUUCCCUGCUUCGACUUGGUGUACGAGGAGCAGUGUGCGGAGCGGCACUGGUAUGGAAUGUGCAGUCGAUACGAGCAGCUCCCCGUGGCCGUGCUGAGGGACGCCGUGCCCUACGACUUCGGAGGAAUCGACGUCAUCGAUGAGCUGACGAUGACUCCUCCGCACGCCAGAGAGUCCACGAGCAGCAGCGGCGAGGAGAAAGCCGGGAGUCCCACUCCGUCCGCCGCGCCGGGCCCCGACGAGCCUUCUCUGAGAAACGUCGUCACCGCGGCCGAAGACUUCAUCAAGGUGCUCGCCACCGUCUCCACGUCUCAGAGCUCCAACGCCGAGUCCGACAAAGGCGAGGCGCAGCGCUCAGAGAAGAAGAAGAAGAAGAAGAAGAAGAAGAAGAAGAGGAAGAAUUCAGGCAAGAACCAGAAAACUGACAAGAAGCCCAAAAGUAAAGCAGAAGGGAGGAAGAGGAAGCAGCAGGCCGGAGUCAGGCUGGAGGAGGGAGCCGCCGUUUCCCCCUCCGGCGGCAAAACCGACCACAUGAAGACGCUGAGUAACUUCAUCAGCGAGUCACACAGACGCGACCAGUCCAGCACAAACUCGAACCGAGUGGGCGACGGCGAGUUUGAGCUGGAAGGAAGAGAUGAGCCGUCCAACCAAGUCAUGAAAGACGAACCAGCGGCGGACGAGCAGGAAGCUCCUGCACGGCUGGAACCGGGCGUGGCGGCGGAGGGACGGUCGCUUUCCGGGGCCAGCAGGACCGUCACCCCACAGAAAACACAGAAAGACAGGAGGCAGAGGACAGAGAAGGGCAGGGAGACUCGUCCUCCAGGCUGGGGACAGCUUGCAGUGACCCCAUCAGAAAAGGUCACUGCCGCUCCCGUCCGGACCAACAUCGGCUCCGCCACGACGGCACGGCAAAGCCUGACGGACACACGGCCGGCGGUCGGCGCUGCCGGCCCCCCCACCCUCCAACCCAGCAGGUCAAAGGGAGGAGAGGACCGGAGGACGGGCAGCUCUGCCUCUCCGCUGGUGCUUCCUGCAGCACAGGGUUCCUCCGCGGUCGACCUGGAGGUGGCGCUGUCCACCGUACCGCCCGUCACACACAGGCAGCUUCACACAGGCAAGGCGUGGCUCAACAGCUCACUGAGCAGCGUACAGAGGCUGCAGUCCAGGGAGAAGACUCUGAGGAAGAGGAGGAGGAAAACCCUGCCUCCUCCUCCUCCGGGUGAAAUCCUGUCAUUUCCCUUGAGCCCUUUCCCUGAAUUCCCUGAAAGCACCACUGCAGCGCAAAGAAGAGCAACCCAACAUGAACCCGGCCUCCUUCCGACAGCCGCCUCAACCGAGGCCACCAAACGCCGCCGGCAGGGAGUCGGAAAGCAAACCUCACGGAGGAGGAAAGCCAGUGUCGGAGCAGGACAAACCCGACCCGAAACGCUGACGGCCGCAGCAGAGCCCACCCUGAGCCCCGUCGGCUGGACCAUCCAGAGAGCCAGAGCACAGUUCGCCAGGAAGAAGAGGAGGAAAGCUGCCCUGCUGAAGAGGAGAAUGGCCUGAGCGGCUCGCGGCUGACAGAUCAACACUGCAGUACAUUUCAAUCCUCUCAAUAUAAACUCGUCACUCUGCACUGGAAUCAUGGGAAUAGACAGAAUCACACGAGUUUGAUUGGUGAAAGUGAUUUGUG